GGAUACCUCCUCCUCCUCCUCCUCCUCCUCCUCCUACGACCAUGUCUGACCCCCUCACGUAUGGCCCGCGAGACUCGGCAUACUCCCCCGUCGUAGUUAUAUCCACCACGCCGCCCACGCACGACCCGCCGCCGCCGUACCCGUCCCAGGAGCGACGCACACGAACACCACGCACAGGCCGACGACGUCGCACACUCGAACAGGCAUCAGAGAACGCUACGAGUCUUACUAUUUCGAGCGGCGGGGCCGAGCACGACGCCUUUCCGCCCACCAUCCACCAACAGUUCGAGUCCGACGACCAGGACGCGGAUGUCACAGAAACCACCCCGCUUCUGGUGCCCUCAGGCUCCUCGCCGCGCAUACCAGCGCGAGUCCCGCCUGGCGUCAUGGGGAGGCAACGCACACUGUCGCUGACGAGCACUAUCAGGUCAACGACGUCCAUUGCGCCGUCACUCGCACAGACAGUCCUCUCUGCCUUCAAUCCCGAGCGUGACUGCGACAUAGACGCGGACUGCGACGACCGACGCGACUCCAGCGACUCCGCAGACAGCAGUCCCCUCGAUUCGCCCACGCUGCGGCAGAACGGUCCUCUUGACGAUCAGCAGCGCGCCUUCGUCGCGGAACUCAUUGGCCAACGCGUCGACAGACGGCGGGAUACUUCCUUGUUCGCGCGAUGGCGGCGGUACUACAGACCCCUGGGCAAACGCGCCUACUAUGCCUCUCUCUUUCAUCUACUCGUCAUCAACUUUCCUUACGCCCUCCUCGCAUGGCUCUAUCUAUUUGUCUUCACCGUUGCAGGGACGACCACACUCAUGGCCCUCCCCCUCGGUGCCGUUCUCUGCUUCAUAGAUCUUAUCGGCGCGCGCACGCUUUCGCGGGGCGAAAUCGCGCUGCAAAUGACCUUCCACGGGCCGCUCGCACAUUCGCGUCCAACCCCACCGCUCCCCAUCUUCGUGCGCACGCGCCCGCCGACGGUCGCAGAGCUGGAGCAGGGGCUCGGUCCCGUGCCCGAAAAGUCCUUCUACCGCAACGCCUACGCGAUGUUCACGGACGCGACGUCGUACCAGGCCCUCUUCUACUUCCUCGUGAUCAAGCCUGGGAUUACCGUCCUUAUCUUCCUCCUCCUUAUCGUCCUCGUCCCCCUCUCGUUCGUUCUCGUCCUGCCCGCGCCCGCCACGUUGAGGCUCGCGCGCCGGCUUGGCAUAUGGCAGGCUAAUAUCGCCGUCGAGGGUUUGUGUCUUGCUAUGCGGUAGGCAUGCUCGGUGCUUGCGAUCUAGUUUGGGAUGGUGUGGCAUCAGGUGCUAUCUUACUGUAUCAUUACUUGUUUACAUAGCCUAAGCCGCGGUACAGCCGCCUUGUACAUGAUAAGCAACAUGGUAGUAUAGAAGAUGCGCGUGCAGGACUGCUGAAGCCGACA